UUUUGCAUAUUUUGCGGCUGCUCAGAGUGACGAGGGAAAAGCCCAGCAGGGUGACUCAUGGCUCAGGGAUACCCAGUUUGUAGUCCCUUCAGCAGAUACUGAACAAAUACUGCUGGUAAUUGAGGGAUAACGAGAGACGCAAGCAAUAGAGCCGUUAUUAGGAAGGACGACCACCUGCAGGGAUGCGGCGCAGCAGAAGGGCAACCCCCCUGAGAAGGAAUACCCCUAGCACUGUUCAGCAUCGCCUAUACCCUGGGAUCACCCUCACGCUGAUCCCACCAAUCACAGAGGCGCUUAUGUUGGCUGUGAAUGUCUCUAGCCAAUCACGCGCGCGUUUACAAACUCCCUGGGCGGUGAAGUGGAGCCGCCGCAGCCAGUGUCAGUCUGGGUGAAGGUGCCCCGCCUCCGGCAGGUGGUGUCUACAGCUGGGGUAAUGGGGAGCCUGUGAGAAGGGAUUUUAUUUUCUUUCUGUUUCUCCUUUUUCUGCCCGUGUGUGUGAGGGAUAAGGGGAGAGCGCUGUGCUGUGUGUGCGGCAGUCUCUCCCGCUGGGCGAAGGAGCUGCAGCUUAAAGGAAUCUCCCGGAGCUCAGACAAAAGGUUCCGCUGCUGCCGUGUGUAUCCCUCCUCCUCCCACAGGCUCGCUCUCUGCCGUGGAUGCUGCUUCCAUUGUCACACAGCGCUCCGAGCUCAUCCCUCUCAUUGGCAAUGGCAGACUAAUACUGCGGCUUGUGAAUCUGCAGCCGGGAAGAGCCGCCGAAGCUGAGGAGGCCACUGAGCGGGAUCUGAUAGCGGAAACCUGGCGGGGAGAGACUAGGAGAGGGGAGGCCCCGCGCUGCUGUGUCUUCCCAAGAGCCGGGGGAUGCGGCGGCUGUGACCCAGACGAGGCGGGGAAGAUGGGAGUGCAGAGCUUACAAGGAGGGAGGAGAAGUAGCGGAGAGCGAAGCAGCCUGCGGAACCCGAGCCCACAUCAGCACAGCCUGCCGGGGAUUAGCAUUGCUGCACCGCGAGGGAACGUUGGUACUGUGGCUACGAGCCCUACACUCGGCUUCCUCUGAGACAGUGACUGACACUGGAGAUGUACAAGAGAGCGAGCCCUUCUGUGUGACCGCCCCCACCUCACUGCUGCACUGAACAAGGGAAGACUUCUCAUUCAUUAUUUAUCUGCUGGGAUAUUUCACUCUAAAGACCCUUAGCGUCUCAUUGCCCAACCGCACUCCUCAUUGCCCAGCCGCACUCCUCAUUGCCCAGCCGCACUCCUCAUUGCCCAACCACACUCUAUCCUCUCCCCACUAUCUAUACCCCCCCCAAGUGCCAUUUUGUCAUCUCUCCCUAUAGACAAACAGCCUCUGAAUCCAUUUCUGCUGCUACUUAGCCUGGGAGAUUAGAGCCCCAGGGACCCAUUCAUCCCCCCUGACCUCAUAGCUCCUGCACUCCAUUCAUACAAACCCAAUCAUAGCCUGCAGACUUCAGGGGCCCAGUACCUCCCAAACUUUUGCCCAAUACCAGGAAUCCUGGGGACUCCCAAACUUACAGUAGCCCAAUCCUUAGCCCUGCUGUGUGAAUACAGUCUGAAGUCCUCCAAUCUCUGGCACCUCAAGCCCCCGGCUAAUUGUGUAAUAAAAGAACCCCAUCUUUCAGCUACUCAGUUACUCUAGGCCGAAGAACAUAGUCCCCAAACUGCUGUAACAUUUUAGCUUGAGGAACCACAUCUGUUUAAGGUUUGAUUCCAUAGCCAGUAAAUCUAUCAAUCACCCUGCAUUGAGAGCCUAAUUAACCUUUCCCCCACAGAUCCAUCCCUUAACCCAGAGUAUAAUUUUUACAUUGAGAAUUUAUCUUUUAGCCUAUUUCGGAAUUAUAGUUUCAUCAACUUGGUUCCUCCACCAAUGUUUUCCCCCCCCAGCUCCACAGCUUUUAGUCCAUUUUAAGAUCCUGAGACCAGAAAUACUUUCCCUUUGCUCCCCAAACCCCAUCUCUUACCCUGCAAUGAGAUCAUCACUUCAGUAUUCUUGCUUCCUCUCAUUAGCAACCUAGCAAGUCCUUCCCUACAGCGAACUACUGCACUUCCUCAACCUAUUUGAAUCCUACAUUCUCCCUGCAGUCUAAACUAAAAAAAACUUACUGCUUCAACCUGUGAUUUAUUUCCUAACCCUGGCAGUGACCUUGCCCCCCUCCACCUGCUCCUCUUGCAGUGCCAUACUCUUCAAGGAUUUCCAUUCUCAUUGCUGUGCCAUCCUUUGAGAUUUUUCUUGAAACUCCGUCACUUCAAGUAUUUUUACAGCUGCAGUGUACAGUUACAUAUCUAUAUAUAACAUUUAUUUGGGGGAAAGACAUAAAAAAACUACAGAUGGGUGACUGUAUGGUUUUAUACCAGCCAUUGACAAGGCAAAUUGCCGUUUUGGCGACUUUGUUCUGAGUGCACCUAUUUUGACCCCAACGUUUUGAUGCAUAGGUGCGCAUCAGUUUGUUCCCCUUUCCCAGAUAUUUUGAUUUUUGUCUGUCUCCUCUCUGUUUUUUGGUGGGUUGCCUUGGCAGGCCGUCCCUCUUCAGGCAGCAUUCAAUGGAAGUAUGUUACCAGCUGCCGGUGCUGCCUUUGGACAGGCUGGUACCUAAACAUGUCCUCAGUCGCAGAGGUGCCAUUAGCUUUAGCUCCAGCUCAGCACUCUUUGGAUGUCCUAAUUCCAGGCAGCUUUCUCAGAGACGUGGGGCAAUAUCCUAUGACAGCUCGGACCAAGCUGCUCUGUACAUUCGUAUGCUAGGAGAUGUCAGAGUAAGAAGCCGAGCUGGGUUUGAAUCAGAGAGACGAGGCUCCCACCCCUACAUUGACUUUCGUAUUUUGCACUCACAUUCAGAAAUCGACAUCCCAUUGUCUGCUAGAAACGUCAGAAGGUUGCUGAGUUUCCAGCGGUACCUGAAAUCCUCUCGUUUCUUCCGUGGCGUCACUGCACAGAAUUCCUUGCACAUUUUAGAUGAUGAUUAUAACGGACAAGCCAAGUGUAUGUUGGAAAAAGUUGGCAGUUGGAGUUUUGAUAUAUUUCUUUUUGACAGAUUAACAAAUGGAAAUAGCCUUGUUACCUUAACGUUUCAUCUCUUGAGCCAACAUGGUCUGAUCGAGCACUUCCACUUGGACAUGGUGAUAUUAAGGAGAUUUUUAGUUAUGGUUCAAGAGGAUUACCACAGUCAGAAUCCAUAUCACAAUGCAGUCCAUGCUGCUGAUGUGACUCAGGCCAUGUACUGUUUUUUAAAAGAACCUAAGCUUGCCAAGUCUUUUACUCCAUGGGAUAUCCUGCUGGGUUUGAUUGCAGCUGCAACACAUGAUUUGGAUCAUCCCGGUGUAAACCAGUCUUUUCUAAUAAAAACAAACCACUACUUAGCAACUUUAUACAAGAAUACCUCAGUAUUAGAGAACCACCACUGGAGAUCAGCAGUGGGUCUGUUGCGUGAAUCGGGUUUGUUUGCACACAUGACCUUAGAGGAGAGGCAACAUAUGGAAAGCCAGCUGGGCUCCAUCAUUCUUGCUACAGAUAUCAGUCGGCAAAAUGAAUACCUGUCCCAGUUUAGAACUCACCUGGAUAGAGGAGACUUAUGCCUAGACAAUGCCAGUGACAGACUCUUUAUCCUGCAGAUGGCUCUGAAGUGUGCUGAUAUAUGUAAUCCCUGCCGUACCUGGGAGCUGAGCAAGCAGUGGAGUGAAAAAGUCACAGAUGAGUUCUUUUAUCAAGGCGAUGUUGAAAGGAAAUAUAAACUGGAUGUCAGUCCACUGUGCGAUCGGCAUACAUCAAAUAUAGCCAAUAUCCAGAUUGGUUUCAUCACAUACCUGGUGGAGCCAUUGUUCGUGGAGUGGGCUCGGUUCAGUAACACCAGGCUGUCCCAGACCAUGCUGGGCCAUGUAGGACUCAAUAAAGCCAGCUGGAGAGGAAUGCUGCAGGAGCGCUCGAGCAGCGAAGAGACCGACUGAUCACUUUAAUCUCAGGAAAGUGCACCAUGAACCUGAACCUGGAAUCAGCAACACUGGUUUCUCCCAGUGACUGCAAAAGCGGGGUCUUGGUGAGAGAAGAAUUUCUCCUGGUUGCCAAGGUUUUUACAUAGAAACGAUGCCAGCAUUAUUUAUUCCCCAAGUUUCCUUUAACAUUCUCUGUUUUUUUUUUUGUUUUUUUUUUAAACCAAGACCUGACCCAGAGCAAUAUGCACAUACCUCAGUUGGCUUUCCCUAUGAAAGCUUGAUUAUGCAAAGCUGCGACUGACGACAACUGCAGGAAGCUCCUCCUUCUCUAUGUGCCACAGGUUCCGUCUCCUUAUUUUACUUGACUUUUUUUGUUGUUUUUUUUUUUUUUAAUGAAAUGUUAAAGGAAAAAAAAAAAAAAAAAAAAAUAGACUUUUUGAAUGACCGAAUGGCAUGGCUUGGCCAGAAUUUCCCGACUGGUGUUGUACCUUCCACUUUGUGCUGGAACUGUGAAGUGCCCCCUACUUUGCUGCCUUGGCAAGAGAUGCUGUUUACAAUUACACUGAAAAACUUUCAUGGAAACUUGCCUUGACGCACGGCUGUGACGGAACCACUGGAGUUUUCAUUUUUGUAAAGUUAUUUAAGAGAACAAACGUUGACUGAAAGGGGCGAGGUCACACUGGGCAGUUUUAAAAACACGCGGUCGAGCGUAAAUACUUGCAAAAUAAAGCGUUACUGAAAAUAAUGGAAUACGCACAAUAGCAAUUCCCACUGGCUGCUUGCGAGUCAACAUCCGCCACAAGACGCCAGUAUUUUCGUUUUCAGCAGAAACGCCAAUAUGCCAAGGAAACGCCAUAUUAUUGAACUCUAUGGGAUCCGCAGGUUUGGAAAUACACUUCUGCAUAUUUUCAAUAUGGCGGCCAAACUCUUACGAGAGAUACGUAUUUACGGCGUUGUCUGCUGGUGACGUAAUUACGCUGCGCGUCGACGAUCAGCCCGGGCUACAUUUUGCACGAAAAUUGUUUUUCCGUUGGCUUUUUUUCCCACAAACGUUUAAUAAAAUACUUCCGAGCGGAAUUGUGGGGAACCAGGAAAGACCAGAAAUGCAUGUUGGGAAAAGAAAACUAUAGGCUGAAAAACGCACAUUAUCAUGCGCCUGUGAUUAGGGAUGGGCGAAUUUGACCCGUUUCGAUUCGGCAAAAACUCGCCAACGCCCAUUGGGCGUCAUUUCAAGUCUAUGGGCGUCAUUUCCGUGUGUGAAAAUUCCCUACCUGUGAUUUCAUUGACAUAUUUAUGCUCGACCACACGUAUUUAAAAACACCCCGUGUGACUCGCCCUAAAUCUUCCUCCCACUUUUUGCCCCAGCAGUUUUAAUCCCCACCGUCCAUUAUUUAAUAUAUUUCUGCUUCUACGCAGCCCGCUUUUAGUUCAGAGGUGGGAGGGAAAUGCAACCCUGUUAUUUUUCAUGUUAAUUCGAAGGCAUCGCUUUACAGAACUGCAGUGAAUGCGUUGCAUGCAGUUUCUUUUUUCACUACUGAACACUUGACCUGCACGGAAAUAGGUGGAGUUAACCCUUUGAGAGCCAGCAGGGCAGCAAGCUGCCCCUCCCCCCACUCUGGCACUUAAAGGUUAGUGUAAUCACCACAAUCAGCUCAGGGUAUUUGCCAAUUUGGAAAAAAGUGGGAAGGGAAGCGUCAUUCAGACAAGGGUACAAAUUCCUCUUUUGCUGCAGUGUGUAUGGGCCUGUUUGAGUGGAGCAGGGGUCGGCGUUUGAAUGUGAGUGGGCGUGUGCAUGUGAGUGGGCGUGUGCAUCUAUCAUCCAUUCAGCAGCCCCAUCUAGAGGAUGGUCGGCUUGUAACAAAUUGCUACAAAUGCCUUAAUCUAUGCACAAAGCUAAGUGACCAAAUUAACCCCCCCCCUUUUGACGAAGUACAUUUUUGGUUUUCUUUGUUUUUGUUCUCCCCCCCUCCUUUUUAGUCAUUCUUUAGUGGAGUAUUCGAUAUGUGGGAUUUCGUUGUUUUUAGGACCAGUCGUGGGGCUCCUUUUAAAAUGAAAACAUUCCAUUCUUUUGUCAUUUUGUUUUGUCUGGUGAGCACAACUGUUCUCUU